UGCGUUUCGUUAUUGGAGAAAACAGUUUUGAGGCAGGAAGUCGGGAAAUAUAAGAGGCUGAGUACGACAAUCUGGCACCGUUGGAGACUCUGGUGACGUUGACGUAAACAAACACAUCAGGAGGAAGAGGAAGAAGAGGAAGUCCCAGUGAUGAGGAUUAGGGAUAAGGAGUCAGAAGAAGAAAAAUUCCUGAUUGAAUACACGAAGAAGAGCGACGGAGAAGGAAAUGUGUUAAUAAUGCAGCGAAGGGUAUAGAAAAGACUGUCCUUCGAGACGACUGCACAGAGCUCGAGGCCGCCAGCAGGGAGGGACGAGAGCCGCCUGCUGUCUGUGUGUGCCUGCUGCCUGCUGCCCCAAAGAUGAUUGUGUAUGCUUGCUUGAGUCGUCUGACAGAUGGCACCCCACUGUCUGCUACAACGGAUUAUGCAAAUGAUGCUGACCAGCGUGUGAGGGAAGGGAAACGUUGUGUGAAGCUGUUAAGUAAAAAUUUUGGGAAGUUUGGCAUGCGGAUAUGUCUCCAGGCUGAGGAAGUGACACUGCACUGUGUGGUGGAUGAGUGUACAGCCUACAUGGUGGUGUGUGAACCCACAUAUCCUCACAUUCUGGCAUUCAGCUUUCUUGAUGAGCUGAAGAAGGAAUUUAAUGUUUUAUACACCCCAUCUGUUGUGAAGUCAGUCAGAAGACCAUAUGCCUUCAUUGAAUUUGACACCUUCCUACAAAAAACAAGACAGAAAUAUAACAGCAGCCGAGCACUUGCAUCCAGACUCAACUUGGGUGAGAUGACAAAUGACUUGAACCUUCACCCUCCAUCCUACAUCAAGUUGCACCACCUGGAGCCACCACCACUACUGCCACCAACACCACCGGCAACACCAUUAUCUGGCAGUGGUGUUGUCCUUGCCCGAAGCUCCAGCACUCCUUCCACUCCAAAUGGUGCUCUAUUAUAUAAUGGUGCUGCCACUAAGGAUACCUCCACAGGUUUGAUGGUGGGGAUCACUUUGCGGUUGAAGCCAGUUCCAUGGUGUGGGUGGCUUGGCCUGGUGCUGGUGCUGCCUUGCAUCCUGUUAGACAUGUACAGGGGAGCUGUGGCCAUCAGCAUGUCAAGUUUGGAGGAGGUGGAUGGCCCAUCACCAUGGCAUGGUAUCUUCUUCUUGACAGAAAUGUUUCUACAGACAACACAGGUUUAUAUGCUGUGGAAAUAUAACAAGUUCCGGAAGCUGGCAACGCUGGGCUCUACAACUUUAAUCUUAAUAUUGAAUGGCUUCCUUUUUGAUGUGAGGGAAGGAUGGUUGUGUUGUAUUUAUAUAUUUGCCUCGCUGUUCCUUUUAAUUGGUACUUUUCGUAGGCCUUUUGAAAGAAAGUUGCCUAAAUUUCAUGUUUAAAGGUUUAGUAUUAAAAAAAUAAGUACAGUAUUCCUUGGAAUGUUUUUUCUGCAAACCCAUAUUUUAUUGCAUUUUUAUUUAGAUCAUCUCCAUGUUAUCAUUCUGACAAGUUAUCUAUCACAUUAUACACCAGGCUUGAUACAAGUCGGUAGUCAAGUGUGUUGGCCGCACACCAUGAUAUUAUUAGAUUAUCCAUUAUUUUCUGUCAAAAUAAGGAACUUAAGACAUUUCUUAACAUAUUGGAUAUUUGGAAAAAGUGUUAGUGUUAGAGUACAUUCCAUUCUUUACAUUUUUAUAAUAUAGAUGUAUGUUGAGUAAUUUAUAAAAACGAGUCAGAUUUUUUAUGAAUAAUGGAAAAUAGUUGUACAAUUUGUUCAUUUAACCUGUUGUAAAUUUGAAGUGUGAAUAUGAAUAUUUUUAUAA